AUGGUGGCACCUCAGAACCAGGCCGGCCCCUUCGCCGGCACCAAGGGAAAGCUCAUAAUAUUAGCCUCCCUGAUCUUCACAUGGUGGAUCGCAUUUCUCCUCCCACACUACACGCCCGCGAUCCAGGCCGGCAUACAGUCGAGGCUAGACGAGGCCCGGAAGAAGCUGCCGGCCAUCAAGUUAGACUGGAAGCCUGCGGUAGACCCGCGCUCGCACUACAAUGCCUCCAAGAUCGCGCUCAUCGUCGAGCACCGCCCGAUCCCGCACCUGGUCCCCCAGAUCCUCCACAUGAUUGGCGUCAUUCCACCCGACUGGCGCAUGGUCUUUGUGGGCUCCGAGAAGAGCACCAUCAGCGUCGGCCGCUCCGUUGCCAUCAAGCACCAGCAGGUCAUUGGCAAGAUGGACAUCCUGGUUCUGCCCGAGCCCUGGCAGAUUGAUUCCAAGGAGGUGGUCCAUCGGCUCAUGACGGAUAUUCGCUUCUAUGACGAGUUCCUCCCCGGCGUCGAAUGGAUCCUCCGCUUCGAGUCGGACAGCAUCUUGUGCUCCAACUCGGAAACCAGCCUCAACGAGUGGCUCGGCUGGAGCUGGGCUGGUGCCCCACGGAGCGUUGAGGACCGUUUCGCCGGUAAUGGCGGCCUGUCCCUGCGCAAGAUGUCGGCUAUCAGACGCGUACUGGGUUUCCAGUCGCGCUUUAACGACACGGAGCCCGAGGACGAGUGGUUCGGCAAGCGUCUCUGGAUUCUUCCAGGCGAGAAGGUUGCCCAGGGCGUCGACGGGGCGCUCGCAAUGGAGGACGUCUACAUCGAGAACCCCAUGGGUUUCCACAUUCGAAAUGGAGGAACUGAACUGAAGGAUGCGAUAUGGAAGAACAAAGAGCAGCGUAAAAAGCUGUUCAACUACUGCCCCGAGUUGGCCCUCAUCAUGGACAUGAAGCUCGAGCGCCAGCGCUGCAAGGGCGACAACGGCGAGUCCAACCUCAGCCAAGCGCAACUAGACGCCGCCAAGCAAAGGGAAGAAGACGAGAAGCGGAAGCACGAGGAGGAGGAGCGGAGGAAACAAGAUGAGAAGGAGAACAAGAAGAAGCAGGAGGAGGAACAGAGGAAAGCAGCCGAAGCCAAGAAGGCGGCAGAGGACAAGGCGGCCGAGGAGAAAAAGAAGGCUGAGCAGCAGUAG